UACGACAAGCGCAGUCGGGCCGCGACUAUCAUGGAUCGCAGUUGAAUCGUAGUGGAUCGUGCAUAUGGCAUAUCAAAUAAAUUACCGCUUAUUGAGUUUCAAUUAAAAUUGAUUUAGUUUAACACUUAUAUGAAACGUUAAAAGUGUGUGUAUAUUGAUAAUUUAUAGAACAUGGCUGUGAAACGGUGUUGUUGUGGUAAACUGUCGCUUAACAAAAAAUCGAUUUUUGGAUUAAGAAUGGGUAGCCAAAUAUUGUAUUUAUUACUUGCCGGGAGUUUUGUUUCGUUCGCAUUGGCUGCAGAGUCAAAUGCAUCCUGUUCUGCAGUGAGAGACGAGUUUAACAAAAAAGGACUGACCAGGCUGGAGUUGGUGAAGGAGCCAAACUCAGACGCGGGUGGCCUCUGCCUGAACAGUGGGUGCUGUUCUGCGUCAGAUUCUGACGUGCUGGUGCAGAGAGCGAGGGCUCAGCUCGAGAGCAGUCUUAAGACUGACCUGGAGAACUUGGCCUCCACACUGUCCACGAGGGCCAGGCGGGUCGAUGAAUUCUUCAGGAAAUUAUUAGACGAGUCGCGACGAAGUUUCCACAACAUGUUCAAACGCACGUAUGGCAUCAUAUACGAGCAACAUUCCUACGUCUUCCAAGACCUCUUCAAUCAGCUCGAAAAGUACUACACGAAAGGUGACACGAACUUCGAACAAAUGAUGGACAAAUUCUUCUCCAUUCUUUAUGAAAAAAUGUUCGCGGUUCUCAACGCGCAGUAUAGUCUCGAUGACAAGUACUUGAAGUGCGUGAGCAGCAACAUGCGCGACAUCCAGCCAUUCGAGGACGUGCCCCACAAGCUGUCGCUGCAGCUGCGGCGCGCGUUCGUCGCGACCAGAACCUUCCACAAGUCGCUGCAGGGCGGCGCCGACGUCGUCAGGAGCAUGAAGCCGUUGGAAGUGAGUGAACAAUGCGCGCGGGCGUGGGCGCGGCUGACGCAGUGUGGCACGUGCGGCGGCGUGAGGCCGCUGGCGUGCAGCCGGUACUGCCACAACGUGGUGCGCGGCUGUCUGCCCGCGCACGCCGACCUCGCCGACCAGUGGGACGCUUAUGUCGACGCCGUAGACAAAGUGGGCGACCGAUUACUAGGACCGUUCAAUAUUGCUAUGGUCGUCGAGCCAAUUGACAUCAAGAUCUCCGAAGCGAUCAUGAGUUUCCAAGAGCACAACCAGGAGAUAUCCAAGAAGAUAUUCUCGAUAUGCGGCCAACCAGUCCUCGGGAACAGCGGGGGCACCGGGCCUUUCAGCACACCUGAAAGGAGUAGACGAUUCGCCAGAGCUAUCCCGGAUUUCGACUGGAAUCCUAAAGCAAAUGACGUCGAUGACUUCGAAAUUGAAGCGUCUUUUGAAAGCAUUAUCCAUGAAGAUCCAGCACUAGUCAGUUUAAGAACCCCUGAAGGUAUAAGGAAAGCGACGAAAGAGAUGGAACAGCAAGCUAAAUCGAGGGAAAGGUUUCUACAGUACAUGAAGGGGACUAUUAAUUUGGAUGAGUAUGAGGAAUAUGAGGAACACGAGAGAAGGAAGCGGGAGGCGGCAGCAGAUUCGGAGCUCGAAUACAGACCUUACGAAUUCGACGAGAGGAGACCGAAGAAUAAGAAGCCAGCUGCAAAGAUUGAUGAAGGGCAUGGUGCAGAUUGGGGCGCUCCAGCCUUGGACAAGCUUGUGAGAGACACCCGGUCCCGGCUGCGCAGCUCCCGGCGCUACUGGAUCCAGCUGCCCGCCGUGCUGUGCUCCGACACCAGCACGACCACGGCUGCUUGCUUCAAUGGAUCCGCUGUGGGCAGCUACAGCCGCGCCGCGGCGGGCGAGGGCAGCGCGGCGCUGGCGUCCAACCCGGAGGUGCGCGGCGCGCCGCCGCCGCCGCGCGACGCCGCGCUGCGCGCGCUCACCGCGCGUCUGCGGGACGCCUACAACGGCGUCGAGGUGCAGUGGAAGGGAGACGACUUGCCGCAGCCGUCGGCUUCGUCGCGACAGGACUUCGCGGACAUCGGCUCGGGGUCGGGCUCCGGCGACGACACGGACGACACGGAGGACACCGGCGACCUCGACGACAGGGACUAUCCAGAAGGUUCAGGCGAGUCCCCACCCGAGGACCCGAUCUCGUUCACUCCGGCGUCGACGUCGGCGCCGUUCGUGCCCGCCAUCGUGGAGUCCCCCGACACCAACAACGUGAAGGUGCGCGGUCGCGUGGAGGAGGAGCCGGCGCCGACGCAGCCGCGCGAGCAGGCGCCGGCGGCGGACGCGGCCGAGCGGCCGUCGCUGCACAAGGCGCUGUUCGCGUACGCGCUGCCGGUCGUGUGCGCGUGGUUCGGAACCAUCGUCACAGACCUCUUUUAAAAUUAGAACGCGAAUGGAAUGGAAUCUGUUUUUUUUUUCACUUUUCGGCCAGUCAUAAAAGGUAUCGUAUUUUUUUUAUCGAUAGCAAAAUAUAGUUUUUUUUAGUAUAGGAAUCUGUCUUGUCACGUUUUAAAAGUGGUGUUCUUAUAAAAGUUCGUAUUUAUAUAUUUUUUUUCAUAGUAAAAUCUUUGAUGAAAUAAUACUAAUAAUAUAAACGUGUGUAAGUGUAUAAAUAAAAUACACAAUAAAAUAAGUAUACGCUAUGGUCAGUGACGACGAUAAAACUACAUUUUAUGAUAAUUUAUUUCUAAAAAAGAAUUAACAUUCAAUCAAAAUAACGAAUUAAUUUCGAAUUGGCUGGCGAGUGACAAUGACUACAUCCAUUUGCGGUAAAAUUAUUUAAAUAAUGCUUCAGAGUCGACAAUGCUGGAGAGACAGCCCUAUUCAAAGUAAGACAACUUUAGUAGGGCGCUUUAAAUCUACGAAAAAUUAUUAUCAGAUCUACUUAAGACGAUAUAGAUUUAUAGACGAUUGAUGUUUUAAACCAUGAAGGAAAACGUACAGUACUUGCCAUAUAUUUUUUAAUAAUAGCAAAUUCAUUAACAACACAUUUUCCUUGCUGUUUUAAACGCAAAUUAAUCGUUAAUCUUUAAAAUCACAUAUUUUCAUACAAAUGUAACAGGUUUUAUACUUGGUUGAUCUGAUAGUGGUAUUCGUGGUCAAAUGAUUUGACAUAUAUGCGAACGAUAUAAAAUUUCUGAAAUCUUUUUGAAAUUGUAAAAAUAACACGUGAGAUCUCAUUAGGUUUUCUAUGGAUCCAUUAAUUUUAUAACGUUCCACAAAAACAGCAGUUUUUCAAUACAUACAUACAAUACAUAAAUUACAGAAUCAUUUAUAAAUUACAGAAAAAAAUCAUUUAUAAAUUACAAAAUUAAUGAAAACCUUUUUUUUUGUCAAAACAUUAUUUGAAAAAAGAAUCGAUAUAAAUUAGAUAGGUACUUAUUGAAUUUUUGCAAAUUGAGUUAUACGUAAUUUUUACAUAAGUAAGAUUUAAGUCAAGAUUCUUACACAAAAACGAAGCUAUUUCGAUGACUGAAUGAUAUUUGAUGUAUGUAUUGAUUAAAAACUGCUUAAUUCGGUGAAGAGCGUUGGUUGGUUUGUAUAUAGCCUAGUCAGAGGAGAAAUGGCGCUUCUGCGCUACUGUGAUAAUAAUGUGCGUGGACAUAUAUUGUGGAAUUUGUGGACUAUCGUGGAACUUAUUUAUUAAUUAUUAAAUAUUUUUAAUAACAUUCUAGUGAUCGACAAUAAGGCCCGCGAACUCAGCCGUGAUUGAUCACAUUAAUUGUAUUUUUGUAAAGAGGAAAUAAUCACGAAAUUAAUUUAGAAAAAAUGCAGCCAAAUUACGUCGUAUUUAUUUAAUGAUUUCUGUAAAUAUUUAUUGUAAAUUAUUAUUGAAUAGAUAGUUAAUCUAUUUUUUAUUCGUUCUGUAAGCAUGUAUAGAGUUUACAGAUGUUUUUGUGGGUCCCAUAGAUAUCCUGAAUUGUAUCAAACAUUUAUAUUUGUAUACGGAUUUGUACAGUUGUUUUCGCAUUUUUGAGUGGAAUUCAUUUAGCGCUUCUUUAUGAAAAGAUUUUAAAAACAAUACAAUAAGUUAUUAACUAAUUUAAGACAAUAUUACUAAAUCAUGUUUAACUUUUUCAGUUUUUAAUGUUUAACGAACGCUGAAUGCAAUAGGUAUAUGUAACGAAUGAAAAUAAUAAAAAAGAAAAAAAUAAUUUUAAAUCUAUGCGGACGUACAACUGGUGUAGGUAGUUUUGUAUGUUUAUAAUCCUAAUGAAAUUGUAAAUAACAUUAAAAACUUAAUUUCUAAACUUAAGAGACUGAUUUCUUUUCGAUUUAUUUGUUUACAAAAAAAAAUAUUGGAUUAAGGAUAUUAUUAUACUAACCUUUAACCGACUGAUGUAUACAUAAUUCGCGAAUAGUUAUUUUAUAAUUUUGCGUUGAGUCGGGCGAUUGUACAUUUACACUGUAAAAUUUUUAAUAUUUAUAUGACAAAUAAAAAAUAUCACUGCCAUUGAGAUAUUAUAAAACAAUAUGUUUGUACUAUCGUCAAAGGGUUAAAAUUAUGAUUUAAAGAUAUAUUCAUUGCAAUUUAUUCAUAUUUUAUUGAAAUCCGUAUUCAAAGAUGUUGAUCGCCCGCAGCUGACGCUGUUUUUAUUGUAAUAUUUAUCGUUUUGGCUUCAGCUUUACUUUUGCUAGUGAAUAUAAUGAAUUGCUAAACAAUCUGUAAAUAUUGAUAGGAAAUGUGACUAGUAUCGUUGUUUCGAUAAAUAUAUUGUACCCGAUGUCUAGCCGGUGGUACCUAAGUAUAUUGAGAAUCCUCGCAGGCUUUUGAUUUUAUAUUGGGCGAUAGUUCAUCGCGCGACAAUAAUGCAAUUUACAUACACAAGCAAUUUUUUUGUUGUUGUAAAACGCGUACUUUGCAUUUUUCUGAGCAGGUUAAAGUUACCUAACGCGAUACUGGCGCCAGUCAUUUCUAAUUAGACAUAUCCAACAGUUUCGUAUAUGUUCCGCGUAUGAAAAUAUGAAUAUCAAAAAUCUAUCGACUAAUAAAAAACCUUUGGUCUGGUUGGGCUCGUACUCAUAAUUUUUUCGGGAUAAAGGCGUACGCACACUUUUGUACUAAUUUAUUUAAACUAAGCGCUACCGUUCGAUCGAUUUACAUAAUUUUAGUACAAGAUAAUGUAAAAAAUAAUGGCAUAAAUUUAUGCUAGUUUAAAAAAAAACUUGCAUCAUGCGGGGACCAAAUACAUUGUAAUGUGCCAUCUUACUUAGUUUUAUUUAAACAAGUUAUUUAAACUUGCACAAGCUGUUACAAACUUACGGUCCGAAAACAUUUAAAAAACAAUUUUCAAUUCUUUUGAACCUAAUAUCUGAAACUCAAAUCAUGAAAUAAUUAGUACAUACAUUUUUUUUUAAAUGUUUAUUUAAAAGAAAACAUUUUAGUCUGUAGUAGAACGUUAUUGGUAAUUUAGGUUAAAGCAAUAUGUUAUUGUUUACCUAACACAUUUACGGUAGGAUGACUGUAUGAAUGCUGUAAAUAUUGUCUUUCUAGAUAAAAAAUUCUUAAACAUAGAAUUAAAUUGGGCCGAUGAGUUGUUUGUAUACUUACUUACAAAGUGAUUAAAAUAUGUAUACAUAUACAUAUGUAUACAUUUCUAGUGAUAGGAUGAGGAGUGUUAAUCAAAGAUUAAUGUAAAUCAGUACAACUAAUUUGGUAAAAUUUGAUACUUAAAUUCCUGUUUUAAAUUCUGUCGUCCCAAUUCUUAAUGUUGAUUUGUUAUGCCUAUAUAAAAAUACUAUGUACUUAGUCUAAUUCAUUGCAUGAACAUGUUGAGCCGACUUGUGACUAUCUUCGUACAUUGCUUCAUUAUAAUGUGAACUAUGAACGGAGAUUAAUCUCAACGUAAGAUGGUAGAUUCAUGGCUCCGUUGCGCCACGAUGCGUUGCCGCUCCAACGUUUUACAUACAGUCAACAGCACAUCAAGUUACCCUGCUUGAACCUCUAUGGCGUGGUAAUAGCGGCGAGUUUGCAAUGCAUUUGGGUAGGCUGAUGUGCUGUUGACUGUACAUAAUAAAUGUUUGACAUUGACGAACUUUCAUCUGAAUAUUUUCUCCCAGGGUCAUUUCACAUACAUUGAAGUACGUUUACACACGCUAUUGUAUAUUUAUACACUGCUUUGAUCUGUAGCGCAACGCAACGGAGCACAACGAAAGGCCUCAUUUUCAGGCUAAUUAACAUGUGCACGCAAUUUGAUAAUAUCCAAAAUGUAUUGUAUACUUACCGUACUUACCUUGCUGCUAGAAAGGAAUCACUCAUCGGUCCAACGUGCAAACUGUUGCUAGUAAAUGUAGUUUUUAUACUGUUUGAUGAAUAACAGGGUAUCGAUGGUUUCGAAUUGAAGAUUUUCGCAAUACAACAACAACAGUAUCACAUUUUGUAUUGUUAAAGUAUCAAACAAUAAAUAGAAAUAAAUAAUACGAGUUUGUAAAAAUCUAAUAGUCAUAUAUAAAAAAAAUUAAUAAAGUCAUAUUGUAUAGACCUUAGGGGAGUCCGCUGUAAGACAAAUAGACGUAACGCGUUUUCUUUGUCUCAGUCACACACCUCUUGUGCGUGACGGAUGGGUGAAACGCACAUUUCAGAUUGCGACACGUGACCAAGCAUGUAACUUUCGAACUAGAAUCAAGUAAGUUUAGUGCCAGAUCAUGUGUCAUGUUGUUGAGUUGGACACGACGGCACAGGUGUGUGACCGUAACCUAGUAUAUACAUAGACAAGGGGUGAGCGUAGCCACAUGAGAUAGAACUAUAUCACAUAAUUGUUACGCAUAUGUAUGCGUAAUAAUGUGUACCACUGUGCGGUCCAUCUAUACCAGGACGCUGUAAAGGACAAAAACUCAUAUACACGAUGUCCCAUCACUUCUCGUGUACACGAGAAGAAAUGGGAUAGAAUAUAAUAUAUUAGAUCUCUAUCGCGUUUCCUCCCGUUUAUCCGUCCCAUAUGGUUAAAACCAUAACAAAGUCUAUCUUGCCGCUUUGUAUGAGAUAGAAAGUCUAUCUCAUUUAGCGACGUUAGCUCAUUGUUUAGUUUCCUUUUUCUUUGGUCGACGAGCUGAAACAUGUUGAACACGAACUAAGGCUACGCGUUACGUGGCGGACGUUCCAAGAUGGCGAAGUUCUAAUCAUUGCAACACUCACGUCAAUGAGAUAAUUCUCGUUUUCAACGAGAUGUAGGUACAAUAACAUUUAUUUUAUCGGUUGUCACACGUGUUUCGGGAAAAAAUCUAGUCAGAUGUACUCCGGAGAGUGUAAGUCGUGGUGCUGUAUGCAUGGACGGUCAUUUUUCUCAUUUGCGUGUGACUGACUUAAUCGCUGAAAUUCUAUAUGCCAAUUGACCGAUUUAAAUUGCACUAGAUUUGUUGAAUACUUUCGAAAUUUUCUUCAUUACAGUCAUAGCACAAGCACAAACCAAAAUUUCACAAUGUAUUAGAUGGGUGCAAAAGUUUAAGUAUAAAAUUACGAGGUACAAAAUGUGAUUAUAAUUAAAUAUUCAAAUGCGUCUACAAUAUGGUAUAUGUGUCGAUCAUUUGAUGUGUGGAAUUUCAGCAUUUUGAUCCUUGUACAUCUGUGUGGUACUUGUUAAAAUGAAGCACAAGCUUUGUGCGUAAUGCGAUCCAGUGAGUUGUGGUGUGACGAAUGUGCGAAUGGUAGAAUAACUAAAUUUUUUAUAAAGAUAUAUUAUCAAAUAGAUAUAUAACAUUUGUGUAAAUAAAUACAACUAUAAAUGUGUAA